AUGGUGGGCGCGCGGGGCACGGGGCGCGCGGGCGCGGCGGCGGAGGGAGCUCGGCCCAGGAAGCGGCCUCAGGAGCCGGAGCCGGAAUCAGAGCCCGAGGAGCCUUCUCUCCUCUGCGCCCGUGCUCCUGGCCUCGGGGACGGCAGCGAUUCUGGCCUCUCCGACAGUGAGGAGAGUGUAUACUCAGGCCUGGAAGAUUCUGGCAGUGACAGCAGCGAGGACUCCACUGAGGAACAGGAUGGAGCCAAUGGUGGUGAGGGACACGGGAGGACAGAGAAGAUGGCUGGGCAGCAGGCCGCCGGCACCCCCUCGCCCCCGCGGGGCCAGGACGAGUACGCGGAGGACAGUUCCGACGAGGAGGACGUGCGGAACACGGUGGGCAACGUGCCCCUGCAGUGGUACGAUGACUUCCCGCACGUGGGCUAUGACCUGGAUGGCAGGCGCAUCUACAAGCCCGUGCGGACCCGCGACGAGCUGGACCAGUUUCUGGACAAGAUGGACGACCCUGAUUACUGGCGCACAGUGCAGGACCGGAUGACGGGGCACGACCUGCGGCUGACAGAUGAGCAGGUGGCCCUGGUGCAGCGGCUGCAGAGGGGCCAGUUUGGGGAUGCCAGCUUCGACCCGUAUGAGCCGGCCGUGGACUUCUUCAGUGGGGACCUCAUGAUCCACCCGGUGACCAACCGCCCCGCCGACAAGCGCAGCUUCAUCCCAUCCCUGGUGGAGAAGGAGAAGGUGUCUCGCAUGGUGCACGCUAUCAAGAUGGGCUGGAUCCAGCCUCGCCGGCCCCGGGACACUACCCCCAGCUUCUAUGACCUGUGGGCCCAGGAGGACCCCAACGCCGUGCUGGGUCGUCACAAGAUGCAUGUGCCGGCGCCCAAGCUGGCCCUGCCGGGCCACGCCGAGUCCUACAACCCGCCCCCCGAGUACCUGCCCAGCGAGGAGGAGAGCCUGGCCUGGGAGCAGCAGGAGCCCAGUGAGCGGAAGCUCAACUUCCUGCCACGCAAGUUCCCAAGCCUCCGGGCCGUGCCCGCCUACGGCCGCUUCAUCCACGAGCGCUUCGAGCGCUGCCUGGACCUCUAUCUGUGCCCGCGGCAGCGCAAGAUGAGGGUGAACGUGGACCCUGAAGACCUCAUCCCCAAACUGCCUCGCCCACGGGACCUGCAGCCUUUCCCCACGUGCCAGGCCCUGGUCUACAGGGGCCACAGCGACCUCGUCCGCUGCCUGAGUGUCUCCCCGGGGGGCCAGUGGCUGGCUUCAGGCUCAGAUGACGGCUCCGUGCGGCUCUGGGAGGUGGCUACUGCCCGCUGCAUGAGGACUGUGCCCGUGGGGGGCGUGGUAAAGAGUGUGUCAUGGAACCCCAACCCCACCAUCUGCCUGGUGGCCGUGGCCGUGGAGGACGCGGUGCUGCUGUUGAACCCAGCUCUGGGGGACCGGCUGGUAGUGGGCAGCACGGACCAGCUGCUGGGCACCUUCACCCCACCCGAAGAGCCUGCGCUGCAGCCCGCCCGCUGGCUGGAAGCCUCAGAGGAGGAGCGCCAGGGGGGCUUGAGGUUGCGUAUCUGCCACGGCAAGCCGGUGACCCAGGUGACCUGGCACGGGCGUGGGGACUACAUGGCCGUGGUGCUGGCCACCCAGGGCCACACCCAAGUGUUGAUCCACCAGCUGAGCCGCCGCCGCAGCCAGAGCCCCUUCCGCCGCAGCCACGGGCAGGUGCAGCGCGUGGCCUUCCACCCCGUCCGGCCCUUCCUGCUGGUGGCCUCCCAGCGCAGCGUCCGCCUGUACCACCUGCUGCGCCAGGAGCUCACCAAGAAGCUGAUGCCCAACUGCAAGUGGGUGUCCAGCAUGGCUGUGCACCCUGCAGGUGACAACCUCAUCUGCGGCAGCUACGACAGCAAGCUGGUGUGGUUUGACCUGGACCUUUCCACCAGGCCUUACCGAGUGCUGAGGCACCACAAGAAGGCACUGCGGGCGGUGGCCUUCCACCCCCGGUACCCGCUCUUCGCUUCCGGCUCGGACGACGGCAGCGUCAUCGUCUGCCACGGGAUGGUGUACAACGACCUGCUGCAGAACCCGCUGCUGGUGCCCGUGAAGGUGCUGCGGGGGCACACGCUGACCCGAGACCUGGGCGUGCUGGACGUCGCCUUCCACCCCACCCAGCCAUGGGUCUUCUCCUCGGGGGCGGAUGGCACCGUCCGCCUCUUCUCCUAG